AUGGCGGAUAACAACAAGAGCUCGAGAAUUAGGUCGGAUAAACGGGAAGAGGAGGAGGAAGAAGAAGAAGACGUGAAGAUGGAGAAGUUUUUUGCGCUGAUUCGGAGCUUCAGAGAGGCCAGAAAUUAUUACAAAAGAAAGGAAAUGAACGAGAUGGAGAAGAAGAACACGAGCCACAAGAAGACGAAGAGGGCGGUUGGCGGAGAACAAUCGAGCUGUAAUUGGGUCCCAAAGUUCGAGCAAGAGGAUUUUGCGAAAGAGGUUGUCGAGUUCAGAAGGACUCCUCUAAUCUUUCGUCGACCAGACAACGAAGAGAAAAACAAGAAAAAAGGAGAAGAUGAUGGUGACCUAGAUCUCAGACUCACCCUUUAG